GCACGGCCCGGUUCUCGACGGGUGACUGCUCAGGAGCCAUCCACGAUUUCCUGGAGGCGCGAUCCUUGUUGCAACACCUGGGCGCAUGGCCCACUGAGGACGGCUUGGAGCUGCUUAGAAAUCUGGGCCUCGCCUUGCGGAAGCAAGGUGAUGUCCUGGAUGCUGCUGCAGUCUUCCAGGAGGCUCGACGAAUUCGUGAGCAGCUCGGGACGCUCACAACACCGGCGGGCGCCAGGCUUCUGACGAACUUCGGCGUAGCGGUCGCAUCCCUCGGGCGCUGGCACAGUGCUCUCGAGUCCUGCGAGGAAGCAUGGCGAAUCCACGAGGCGUGUGGCACGUUGGACUCCCCCGAAGGUGCUGGGCUCCUACUGAACAUCGGCUGUUUUCGGCAGAUGCUCGGCGACUUCACCGGAGCUCUCCGUGCGAUGGAGGGCGCCAGGGAGAUCAGAACCCGCACCGGCACAGCGAGCUCCAUUGAAGCGGCGGAGCUGCUGCGGGCGAUGGGCAGCGUCUACUUGGCCCAAGGUGAAGCCGAGAAGUCGCUGUCGCACUUCCAGCAGUCGAUGGCUUUGCGAAAUAAGCUUGGCCUGAAGCGAACGGUGGGAGGCGGCGAGCUUUCUCGCAACAUUGGUUUAGCACAGACACAUCGCGCAGAGCUCGGGGAGGCCACGAAGGCCUUCGAUGAGGCCAUCGACAUUUGCUAC